UUUCCCCCUCCUGCACAUGUGGAGCCUCCCCCCGGCUGUCACGCACGAUCCGCGGUCCCAUUGGCUCCGCCCACUCUAGCAUGUGCGGAGAGGCAACAGCAGCAGCGGUAGCAGGGCCCUCCCUCUGUCUCUGCAGAUAAGUAUUCGCAGCCUGUUAUCCCAGGCAUGGAUGUCGGUUGCAGUGAGACAUGGCAGUGCGACAUUAUACUCUCGACUUUAAUCUUUCUACGGCAGUUGACUCUGCCUCGAUAGUUCCUGCUUUGCUGUCCAUAUUUCAUGAGCAGGAACUGGCAGAAACCAUUCAUGACACAAACGGGCAUGGAUAUCUUGCUACAUUUGUUGGCAAAAAUGGCCGGCUUGUCAUUCUCCGCGUGCACUCCCAUGGGUUAGUCACCAUCGAUCUGCAGUGUUAUGAAGAUGACAACACUGCACAGCUAGACAAUCUUUUAAAUGCACUGGAAAAGAAGUUAAAAGUUCUCUUAAAUGACAAUGUUGCAAGGAUCAAAAAGCUCCCAGCUCUGGUGCGAGGAGCUAAAGUUGACCGAUACUGGCCCACAGCCGAUGGGAGAUUGGUGGAGUAUGACGUUGAUGAGGUGGUGUACGAAGAAGAUUCUGCAUACCAAAACAUAAAGAUAUUGCACUCACAGCAGUAUGGAAAUAUUCUUGUGCUCGAUGGAGAUGUUAACUUGGCAGAGAGUGAUCUCGCCUACACCCAAGCUAUAACCGGUAGCGGGAAGGAGAAUUAUGCAGGAAAAGAAGUGCUGAUAUUAGGAGGAGGUGAUGGAGGCAUCCUAGCUGAGUUGGUCAAACAAAAGCCAAAGAUGAUCACCAUGGUGGAGAUCGAUCAGAAGGUGAUAGACGGGUGCAAGAUGCACAUGAGGAAAACUUGUGGCAAUACUUUGGACACCCUGAGGGGAGAUUGUUACCAAAUUCUAAUUGAGGACUGCGUCCCCCUGCUGAAAAAGUAUGUCCAGGAAGGAAGGACGUUUGACUAUGUAAUUAAUGACCUGACUGCAAUUCCAAUAUCCACUGCACCAGAAGAAGACUCCAUGUGGGAAUUCCUACGACUCAUCUUAGAUCUGUCCAUACGCGUCCUGCAUCCCAAGGGGAAGUAUUUCACACAGGGUAACAGUGUAAAUCUGACAGAGGCACUGAGUUUGUAUGAAGAACAGCUGGAAAAGCUCUCGUGCCCGGUGGAGUUCCGCAAAGAGGUGGUGUGCGUGCCCUCCUACCUGGAGCAAUGGGUUUUCUACACUGCAUGGAAGAAGUAAAGAUCUGAAGAUUUUUGGUUGAAAAUGUGCAGCAGCUGGAAUGUGAAUGUGUGACUGCUCCUCGGUCUGAUGGCGACAUUAACUCAUCAAUGCUUUAAUAUGUAGGUUACUGACUGACCUGGUUCUAUCUGAUAUUAACACAUACAGCUUCAAGUAAAUCAGUUAGUGGCUGGCAUGCAAAGUGGUUUGAUCCUAACUUCCUCUCUUUAUUGGCAAUAAACAGGCUCAUCUUUCUGGUUUAGUUUUUUAGCCCUUAGAAGGCAGCUACUUAAAACCAGCUUAGACACAAAAGUCUGGUAGAACUUUUGGUUUUUAUUUUCACAACUAGUAAAAUGUGCUUAUUUAUGGCGUAGACCUCUGAAUGCAGCAGUCAUCAGAACAUAGAUGCUUAAAUUAGAUGGAGAAACACUCAGGAACACCUAAAGCUAAAUCCCAUCUCACCUUAAAGAGGCACAGUGACGUUCAUCUUCCCCAUCAGUCCCAGUCGCCCUUUCUCCUGCUCAGAUGUUAAGUUGUGUUUAUUAUUUUGUGUUUUUAGGAUUGACUUGUUCAUUUGAGCGUGUUCUGAAGGAACAUUUGGACGUUUAAACACUGAUUUGAUACACUGAUGAUGUGCUUUAUCUUUUUUAAUAGUGUUGUUUGAGCCGACCCUUUUUGUUUACCUGAAUAUUUUACGUUGUUUGGAGGCAGUGUGAUCACGCCAGACUGGACCAGUUGUGUUUUUAAAAGGGAAGCCAUUCCUCCUCCAUGUUAGCGCCACUCUUGUGCUCGUGCUGUUUCUAUGUUAUGUUUUAUUAGCACCUUUGAUUUCUCCUGAUAUAUUGAGUAUAUUAGGUGCAUGCUAAGGACGGUGAAUGUAGCUUGCAUAUAUACAGUACACGGCACAUUCGAUGGGAUGCUUAUUUAUUCAUAGGUUCACCAGAUUCUGUCCUGUUCUGCUUGACAUAAGUUGUGACCAUCUGCAAUUAAAGUGUUCUGAAGGAAAA